AGAGACAAGAAAAAAAACAAAGUUGGAGUACAACAAAAAAUAUAAAUUAAAAUUUCCUAGUUUCCAUACGCAUAUAUUUAGUUAUUGUUUUUUAAGUUUUUAAAAUGGCGCCGCCUCUGAAGCAGGCUGCUGACCACGGCAGCAGCGCCAGCAACAACAACAAUUCCGUGGGCGGAGCUACCGGCGCCGUGCCCAAGCAACAGCAGCAGCUUCAAGUGAAUGGAGCCCCCGCAAGCGGAUCGGCGUCCAACAGAUCCGCUCGAUCCCGCCGUCAGCAAGAGCACUUGGGCGAGCCGGACAUGGACUUUGUGGAGCCGCUGCAGCGGGAGACGUUGAAGAAACUAAACGAUUUGCUCCUGCGUGCACGCAUCACCAACGGCCAGAUCCGAACCCCGGAAGACCAGGUGUCAGCCAAUAGCUCAAAGGAAACCAGGCCACCGGCACAGCAGCAGCAGCAGCGCGAGGUCCUGCGUCAAUUGGCGGCGGAACACAGUAGCAGUUUCGACUCAGCAGAGCAAUUGCAGGAGCAGCAGCAGCAGCGUUAUCGUUUCCCCGUGCGUCCCGUGCAACGCGUCCAGCAUCAGCCAUCGACAUCGUCGCCAUCCACAUCUGUUGCAGCCCCCGCAUCCUCGUCGUCCCUUCAGCGUUUGCGUCAGUCGACGCCCCCGAAUGCUACAGUUGGUGUGGUCAUACCAAACGCCACAACCAGCACCACAAACGGAAACCUAAACGUUAACGGGAACUAUACCGGCACAGAGGCUCCCGGCUUGGGCUCCAGAAGCGAACCCGGUCGCUCCCAAGCUGACGUGUUGCGUUCCAUGCUGGAGUUUGUCGACAAUCUGAAUAGCAACAGACAACAGACCAGUUCGAACCGUUUAGAAGAGUUUAUCAAUAUGGUGCACGAGAUCAAUCCCAGCGGCGAGCAGGACGAGGGCAUCGUCAAUUCGACCAGCUUAGAGGAUGUUGCAUUAAGCGAGAUGAGCGACAACCGUGCCCAGUCCAUUCAGUCCUUGCACAGCGUCCUGGAGACGCCAACGCCCGAUACGACUCCCACUUUCGAUGAGCUGCAGCAGCGUCUAGAGGCCUCUAACCGGAACAUGCAGCACCUGCAGGACGAGCAGGCCAAGCUGCUGCACAUCCAGAACCUGGCCAAGUCCCACCUGACCGAGAUGGAGCAGCUUCGCCAGCAGGCUGAUCAAUUGCCCCAUACAAGCAAUGGUGGGGAGGCGCCUAAGUACGAGUCGGUGCAGCAGGUUCAGGACGACAUGGCAUCCCUGGUGGGGCGCAUGAAGAAUCUCACCGCCUUCAUCCACAACCAGAACGAGUUGAGCUCCGUGCUGGGCGAUGACGGACCCGAGAUCCUGGCCGAGCAACAGGUGUUACAAGAGAAACUGGAAUCUCUGCGCAGCCAGCGGGAGGAUAUGCGUAACCUUGUAGAUGAGCUUAACAGCAUCAACCGCGCAGCCAGGGAGACGACCAGGCCCGUCAAGGAGGAAACGCCUACGCCUCCGGCUAAGACAGCUCCAGCUCCAACUCCUGCUCCAGCUCCAACUUCUGCUCCAGCUGGAUCUGCGGCCAAGGAGCGAAUUGUCCCAGUGGAGUACACGCGAAACGUGCCCAUCAUGCGACAAGAGGCGGCCAAUGCAGCACAACGAGCCCUCCACGCCCAGAACAUGAUUAACCAGAAAACGGCCGACAUCAAUGCUCUCAAGGCCCAAAUGGCCACACUGAAGGGCAUGUUGAACACGGUGAGCCAGAUUGAGGAAAGCGUGCCCGCCAUGGGCGCCGCACUGGAGCGACGAAGUGAGGAACGAACCAGCGUGGAGCGCGAACUACCGGCUGAGAUUGCCCAGCGGCUCUUCGCCCUAAACGAUGUCACCUCCGAGCUGCGUGCCGAAGCUGUCAGCUUGCAGAAAGAGCGCGAUCGCAUCUUGGCUCUCAAGGCAGAAAUCGAACGGCGCAAGCAGCAAGCUGCAGCCGCUGUCCAAAUGGGCGAGGACGCGCUGAAGAGAAGUAGUCUCACUCCAACUCCCACGCCCAUGAGGCAACGGCAGGUGGCAGGAAAGGAGGAGGAGGAAGAGGAUGAGGAUCAAUCUGAGGUGGACACUUCGCUACAGGCCACGCCCAGCAAGGAGGAAUUGCGCGACGAACUGCGCCUGCAGUGCGAGCGGCUUCGCAAGGAGUACGAACAGAAGCAGCGGGAGCUUGAACAGCGUUAUGUGGCCAGCAACAACACCACCUCGGAGGCGGACGACGAGGGCAACGACGACACCGACAGCGACAAGUACUUUGCCAAUGCGCGCACAGCCUCCUCGGCCACACUCAAGCGUGUCGCCUCGGCCAACACAGUGGUGGAGCAGCGUCGCAGUCAGCCGAGUAACAGCACACAGGCACCACCGCCGCCGGCUCCUCCGUCCACGCUCAACGAAGACGACCUAAACGUGACCAUCGAUACCCUCUCCAUGGGCAACGACAGUCUGCCUUCCAGCAGCAGGUCGCAGUAUAUGCCGCCGCCGAUGCCGCCAGUUCCGGGCAUGUGGGCCUCUCAUAACGCCGGCAAUGCCUGGCACGGCCAGCAACCGAUUUAUGGACAGGCCACCGCCAACGCCGGAACAGAGUUCAAGCCACCGCCGGCAGCUCCACAAAUGGGCUCCUCGAACGCCUCCGGAUCGAACGCAUCGUCCGAUGCCAUGCUGCUGCAGCAGUUCAUGCAGACGCAGCAGAUGCUCAUUAACUCGGUGUGCCAGUGCAAUCAAACGCUGUGGCAUCAGCAGCGUGAGAUUGACAACCUCAACACACAAAUACACUCGCUCCAAGAUCGUCUGAGUGUAGUGGCUUGCCAGGAUCACAGCUUUGGGCUGCGCUCUGAGUCGGUGCCGCCGCCGAAUCUCUCGGUGGGCCCGGGCAUUGGUCAGACGCCCAAUAACUUGUGUAUGGGUAGCAGCCGUGCCCAAUCGGAACAGCUCUUUGGCUUCAGCGCCCACCAAAGCGCCUUCAGUAACUAUCAACGGAGCUGUCACCGCACUGGGGGAGACCCUCAUCAUCAUCAACAGCCGCCGCAGCAUCAGCAGCAGCCGUUUCUAAACAAUGCCGCUCCUCCGCCACCACCGACGCAUUACAACAACGAGACGCCUCUGUCGCCGCCCACCUACCGCUCGAGCCCCGGGCCCAUUUUUAUGAACCACCACAAUAACACGAUCCAUCAAAAUAACGCGAAUCUUCGGACCCAAAACCAGUACGCCAACAAUUUGCACUCGCUGCCCGAGGGAGCGGGUGGAGCGCCCGGCGGAGGAGGAGUAUCCGGUGGCACUGGUGUCACCCUGAACAACCAGGUGCCUCCAGGGAAUCGAGCCAAUAACUACUGGGACAACUUCCGCAGCCAUUCACGCCAGAAUCUUCUCUCGAACAAGAGCAACGAGGAGCUGAACGUGGACCUUCAGCUAUAUCGCCGGCAGCGGGCGCGUCCCAGCUACUUUCAGCCGUCGCAGCUCCUGGGCGCACCGCCGUCCUCACGUAAUGGCUUAAUUCACCAACAACAGCAGCAGCAACAGCGUCGCCAGUUCUUUGAGUCGCCACUAACCGCUUUGCAUAGCAGCACCAGCGCCACUGGCAGCAACAAUCUCAACAACAGUGGUGGCAGUGCCAGGAAGCGUGAUUGGCGCGAGGAUCCUGGAUCACAUGCGGAUCAUGAUCACGACGACGAGGACAUGGACGAUGUGGAGGAAAAUCACGACAAUGUUAUAUUCGGCUCUGGUAGACGUCGCAAUCGUCGUCGUCCCCAGCUUUCAACGCUGCGAGAUGAGGAGCCCGAGCAGCCCAGUUCCUCCAACCUGAAUAUGAACGUCAACUACGGCAACAGUCCGUUAUAUCAGAGGAAUAAGGUACCGGCCAAGCCCAGCACUUCAGCGGUUUCGCUGACUCCCCUCCAGCAACGUCACCUUCGAUUCGAUUUCGAGCUGCCGGCUCAGUACAUGGAAUUCGAGAUGCCUCAAGUAGUGGCGAGUGCCGACACUACUCCCCUUCUUGGCCAGGAAGCUGCGGCUACAGACGAGUCCAAUGCGCUGGAGCAAACCGAGGAGACGGCUUCCGAGGAACUGAACCGUAAUCUAUUGGUCAAUGCACUUAAAAACGACAAGUUCACCACCAAGUUCUACGAGUCCAUUAAGGAGGAUGUCUACCGCCGACUGGAGACGCUCUUUGAGCAGCAGCAGCAACAGCAUCAAUUGCAGCAGUCCCAAGAGCCACAAAAUCUGCGGAAAGCCCUCAAUCAGGACGAGAACGAGGCUUCAGGGGAUGCGGAUGCGGAUGCUGAUGCGGAGGCCACCGAGAGUCGCAGUGAAACGCCCCUGGAAGUGAUGCGCCUACAGCUGGACAGCGAUCGGCCAGAAGACGAGAAAACGUCGCCAGUAAAGCAGUUAACCGUGGUCAUCCCUCAGAACGGUCAUGAUCUGGAGGAGAGCGAAACCAGUCCCUCGGAGGAACAGUCUACAGCGAGAUCUGAGGAUCACGAUCUAUCCGACCUUUGGAUCUAUCACUGUGCCAAGCUUAACCAACUGCGUCUUUAUUGCCAGCAAAUGCUCAAGGUGCCGAUGGAACCAGUUUCUGGAUCAAGACUAGAUGCAUCUGCCACAUGCUCCAUCGUCGAAGUGACUCCGGAUCAUGAGCUGAUCGAGUACAUCAUCAGGCGUAUUCGCAACCAGACACACAACAACACAGUUAUCAACGACUCUCUGCUGGCCGAGGUCUCCAAGCUGACGGCCACCGCUGCUCAGAACUCGGCUGCCAAUUCUCCAUUAAUCUCGCCUAAGCGCAUUUACGCCAAGAUCAAGAAGAUGGACAUACCGCGGCAACGCGAUGAGUUCCUGCUCUGGUACCGUUCCUAUCUGGAGCAACUGUUCGUGGUGGAGCAGCCGCAACAGGGAAGCUGCAAGGUCAAGUCUAAGGAGUCUCCUGCUCCCGGUAGUCCGGCCAAGAAGCAGACAAAUAAGCGCGAUCGCGAGCAGUCCCAAUCUCAGUCGCAGGACUCUAACAACGAUGCCGAUCUGGCCGAGGCUGAUCAGAUGAACGUCUCCUCUUCGGGCAAUGUCGACCUGGAGUGCGAGAACAACGAGAAUCCCGGCGAGGAGGCGGAUGGAGGAGAGGCAGCCGGCGACUCCUCUAGCGGGGAGAAAGCAGACGUCAGUUUGGAUUAGACGAAGGAUGCGGACGAGCUAUCACAAUACACACAUUCCUAAUCUCACUACAGAUACUUCACUCAUUUACUGUUUUCACAGACGUUAAAUCCUUGUUGUCUUUUGUCCUAUGUUUCCAUUGGAUUUUAGUUUAUAUUAUUAACUUUAAAUUAUGUAACAAUUAUAAAUA